UUACGCGGUGUAUCCACCGUGUAUACACAGUGGUCAAGCCACCGAGGAAUCAUGGUAGAUCCACGGUGUUUACACUUCCACGGUGUUUCCACCGUGAUUCAAAUCUGCGAGGGAAUAAUUACAUGGAUUCUCUGAAAAAAUCAAUUAAUAAAACAAUAAAAUUUACUCUUGAUUUUAUUGAAUCAAAAUUUUCUGCUCACAUUUAUGAACAGCGAGCUCUGUUACUUAAAUCGUUAAAUUUCUAUACGUUAUCUAUUGAAAAAGAAACUAGUAUUUGUACUUAUAAAAUUAAUGUAUGUGAAGAUGCUGCUAUCACAUGGAAAAUAUGUUUAAAUAAUGAACCUAGUGUCUAUAAUACAUAUUUUUGUAAUUCUUGUGACCAGUGUACAUUUAUGACUUCAGUACUAAAAGUUGACCCUAAAAUCAUUAUUAAUCAUGGGUUUAAAGCGUUAAACAGAGCUGUGGUUUUUUGUAAAACUCUAAAAAAAGUAAAAUGUCGCAAGGAGAACUGCUUUAAGUUAUGCACUGUCACUGCAUACCCUAAUUUUCACAUAUUUAUUGCACUGGAUGUUAUAGAUAAAAAUAAUAAAUGUAUAGAAUGUUGUUUAGAAGAUUUACCGAUAACGUUAAAUUUGGAUAUGGUAGAUAAAUACAGAUUAGCUGGAAUUAUUGGAAGUUAUCAUAAUUACAAAGUUGCCUACUGCUUAAGAUCAGAUAAUAAUUGGGAAUUAUAUGAUGGUUAUUCUCGUUCUAUUGAAGUAGUUGAUGAAUCAACCACAAUCCAACCUUUGGGUGCAAUAUAUAUUUUAGAAUAAAAGUACAUAUCCAAAAUAAAUUCUUAUUUGAUUUAUUUACUUAAGUUAAACUUAUAUACAACUCCAAGGCAAUAGGGAAAAUUAAAUUA